GUCAUCGGUCACGUGACACUGGUGUUUUGAUACAAGCUCCGACACAGCGUUUCGAAUCACUCCGCUUCAGGACGAGUGACACAAGCUCCAAAGCUUCGGUAUCAUUUGCCCAUCACUAGUGUUGUUUGACUGACUUGAGAUGACUUGCUUGCCAUGGUUCAGAGCGCCCAGUCUGUGACACUGGUUUAUCUCUCAGACUGACUCCAGUCCAGAAGAUGAGUGUUUGUGUGGAGGAAGAGGAGGACAGAGCAGUACCAGUACCCAGCUGUCAGUCUGUGAGAAGUGACGAGUUCAAAGAUCAUCCUCUGAACUUCAGGACGGGGCCCGGACCCUCAAACACAAAAGAGAAGAGGAGUCAUGUUUCUGACAAGAAGCAAUGGUCCCGCUGUUUCUGGAAGAUCAAAUUGAUGAUGGUGACUCAUUGACUGAUUAUGAUGAAGAUAAUGAUCUGGACAUUCAACAUUACCCAUCUCUAGAUGGCUUUUUGUGCACAGCUUUGGAGAAAUCCCUGGAUAGUCAAACUGGCCACCUGGACCUGUUUGUCCGCUUCCUUUAUGGCCUGUGUCUGUAGUCCAACCAGAGACUUUUAGGAGGCCUGCUGGGUCAGACAGAGAACAGUCCAGAAACCAUCCAGAGAGCCAUCGACAACCUUAAGUGGAUGGAGGCCAAGUUUAUUUCUCCUGACAGAAGCAUCAACAUCUUCCUCUGUCCUGACAGAGCUGAACGACCACUCUGUCCAUCAGGAGAUCCAAGAGUCCCUGUCAGAGAAGGAACUCUUUGAGAUCCACUGCUCAGCUCUGGCCUACAUGCUGCAGAUGUCAGAGGAGGUUCUGGAUGAGUUGGACCUGGAGAAGUACAAGACAUCAUGGAAGGGUCGACUGAGAUUGGUCCCAGCUGUGAGGAACUGCAGAAAGGCUCGACUUGGUGAAUUUUGGCUUUCAGCCGCUCACUAUGAAGUCGUGGCAUCAGCUCUGAAGUCCAGCCCCUCCCAUCUGACAGAGCUGGACCUGAGGGGAAGCAAGCUGCAGGACUCAGGAGUGAAGCUGCUGUCAGCUGGACUGGAGAGUCCACACUGUCAACUGGAAUCACUUUCACUUGCUAAUUGUGGACUGUCAGAGACCAGCUGUGCUUCUCUGGCCUUAGCUCUGAAGUCCAACCCCUCCCAUCUGAGACACCUGGACCUGAGCAGAAAUGACCUGCAGGACUCAGGAGUGAAGCUGCUGUGUGCUGGACUGGACAGUCUACACUGUCAACUGCAGACACUGAGGUCAGUUUAUCUGCUGACUUUUGUCAUCGCCAGAGCAUUAACUGAACUUGCAUUACCUUACCUAACUCGCAUACCCCGUAACAGACAUAAUUUCGUGGUAUGUAUUAUAUGUCAUGUUGUUUUCCACGCUGACAGUUCCUGUGCUGUGGACAGUGAUGGCCAUACCAGGCCCCAUGAAGCUUUGAACCUUUUUGGACCAUUGUAUUGAAAAUUGGUUCACUACUUGAAGCUUCAUUCAUUGAGUGACAUCUGCUGGUGCAGUGGUUGUUGUGCAGCCUUGCAAAGGUGAAACUGAUGCACCUUGCGUGUGCAUGAGUUUUGUUUUAAUGAUGAGU